AGAAGCUGGAUAUGGCGAACUUGUGGGGCUCCCGCUUUGCCCGGAGCCGCUUCCUGGGCGGCUUCCUUUGCGGAGCAGCCACCUCAGGCCUGGCCGCCAUUUACUUCCUCAGGAAGAGACCCAAACCUUCCCCGAGCGCCUCUCUGGCAGAAAAACCUUCCCAACCGCCGCCAUUGCUGAGAGACGAACCCCUGAUAGAGCCUGUGCUGGAAAAAUAUGGAUUUCCUAAUGCUGGAACUCAGGUCAGAUAUUACACCAAUCAUGCACUGUCUUAUGAUCAGGCGAAACGGAUACCUAGAUGGGUGAUUGAACACGUUUCCAAGCAUAAGACCUUGGGUAAGUAAACUUUGCAUGCAUCUG